AUGGUCUGGUCUCCUCCCGUCUCGCUUGCGUCUGCCAAGGACAAGACUAGCUUUGCGUACGAGUCUACAGUGCACCGCUGGCCUGCCAUCCUCACCCAGGUGAUCGACAGCAUCUACAGCGCCAACUAUGCGCUCUCCUACUCGCGCACCAACCAGUCGGCCAAGAUCGACGAGGGCAAGCAGAUCAUCGAAAAGAUCGCCGCGCUCAAGCAUGACAUGAGCCGCGACCGCCCGCUCGAGCCCAUCGGUGUCGUUUCGGGCAAGGACGCUGGCGAGGGCCCUUCCACCGAGCUCUUUGACUCGGUCAUCGACAAGGAGCACUGGACCUGGUUCCAGGCGCCCUGGCUCUUUGCCGAGUGCUACCUCUACCGCCUGCUGAGGACCUUCUUCGCGCGCAGCCAGCACUGGAAGCAGUACGAUCCCUUCUCCAAAACCAAGCUCGACACGUUCAAGAGCUCCGGCAACGCCAUCAGCGCCCUUGCCGUCACCAUCGAGGAGCUCGUGGCCAAGUCGCUCUCGUCGGAGCAGGGCCCCGAGUCCACGCCGCAAGGACGUGAGAUCCUCUUCCACGAGAUGGCGCAGAUGUCGCUGUGGGGCAACGCCACCGACCUCAGUCUGCUGACCAACCUGUCGUACGCCGACCUGCAGGCGCUGCAGACCACGGGUCGCGAGCAGCAGGAGGCACGCAGCAAGUACAUCCUCGCCAACGACCUCGACAAGGCGUGGACGCGCAUCUCGUCGCUCAACAACGGCCGCGUCGACAUUGUGCUCGACAAUGCCGGCUUCGAGCUGGUGACCGACAUGAUCUUUGCCGACUGGCUGCUCACCACGCCGCACGUCGGCGAGGUGGUGUUCCACCCCAAGAACAUGCCCUGGUUCGUCUCGGACGUCACGCCGCCCGACUUCCGCCACACGAUCGAGUCGCUGCUCGAGCCCAGCUUCUUUGCGCGCCAGGAGGCGGGGCAGGACCGUCACCGCAGCGUGAGCCGAAGCCGCGACCUGCAGGCCGACCCGUCCAAGUACUCGUACAACGCCUCGGGCGGACAGGGUGCGCAGCCGGCUGGAUCGCGAUCGCUGCAGAUGGCCGAUGGCAACGAGCGUGGUCGUUCGCCGCACCCCUCGGGCAGUCUGCACCUCCAGGCUCGCGAGGGCAGCGUCGACUCGACCGGACGUGGCCGCACGCCGGCGGGCAGCCGCAACUUCCAGAUGGACGCGGCGUACUUUAAGAAUGCGCGCUCGCAGACGAUUUCGCCGUCGCGCUCGUACGUGAUGGACAGCUCGCGCUUCUCGUCGCUCUCGAUCCACGACGAAGAGCCGAGCGGCGACGACGAGCGUCACGGCCGCGGGCGCUCGACGACGGUCAAGGACGAGACGCCGUCGUCGCAGACGCCCGUGCAGGCGAUGGUGCGCCGCUGGAUGAAGCACAUGGAGUCGGGCCGCUUCAAGCUGUCUGUGCCGCUCGACACGCCGCUGGGCGCCGACACGGGUGCGGCCAAUGGAUUCUGGACGCAGCCUGUGUCGUACGCCAACAUGGCGACGCAUGCGCCCGAGCUGCACAAGGAGCUCGCGACGCAGAGCGACCUGGUGAUCUUCAAGGGCGAUCUCAACUACCGCAAGCUCACCUCGGAUGCCAACUGGAAGUCGGACACGAGCUUCCGCGAGGCGCUCGGCCCGCUGGCUGGCACCGUGGAGAUCCUGGCGCUGAGGACCAACAAGGCGGAUGUCUGCGUGGGCCUCAAGCCGGGACAGGAGGCCGAGGUGGAAAAGGAGGACGCAAAGUGGCGUGUAGACGGAAAGUGGGCCGUCGUGCAGUACUGCCCUCGAGACAAGUAG